AUGAGGUGGCUUUUGAGUCGACUCAAAAGUCACCUCUAUGGCGUAGGUUUACGGCACCUACUCCCCUUCCACCCUAAUAUUCCACCUCCUUUUGCUUCUCCUCCUCUUGUUCCCCGCCCAUCCCGUCCACCAGAUUCCUUCACGUGUCGCCAGCUCGCCACCAACCCAUGUGCCCCGGGGGUGUGCAUCGAUGACACAGACGGCACCUUUUCCUGCCUCUGCCCCUCGCCCUACUUCCCCUUCUACUUCUACCCCAAAGGCGCUGCCCGCUGUUACCAUUUGCGAUUGGCUGCGACUCGAAUGCCCACCUUCCUGUCACCCUACGGCCUCACAUGCGCUCUCAUCCUCAACACCUAUGGGCUUACCCAGGCAGAAUUCUUCACCCAAAACAAGGGGUUCCAGUGCCGAGCGCCCAUCCCUGUAGGCACACUGGUCAACGUCACGAGCCGGGCUUUCUCCCAAUGCACUUCCAUGUACACUGCUAAUUAUGGUGACACGUGUGACUCACUCAACGCCCUCUUCUCCACGCAGAUACAGCCGCUCAACCCUGCCCUCACCUGCUCCGAUGGGCCCAGACCCGGCCAGCUCCUCUGCAUAGCCUUCAACCAGACGUGUGCCCGUGACUGUCCUCCAGGGCCCGCAGAGCUGCCAGCAGCUGUGGCGGGCGUUUGCCAUCGCCUCCCCCACGCGCUUCUUCCAGUUGAAUCCCGGUUUCUCGUGCGACUCGCUGCUGCCUUACAGCCCCCUGCAGGGGAAUAUGAUGAGAAGGUUUUGUGUGGCUAG